GCAACGAUGCCACCACGGUUGAACUUCUGGUCGGCUUGUAGAGCCCUCUCGCUCCAAACCCGGGUAUUUGCUCAAGGGCCGCAGCCCGGGCCGGCUGCUGUGGCAAGGGGGCUAGCCGACAACACGACAUCAAGAUUACCGCCCCACGACAACUCAAGCGCCCUACCCCCGUCGAUGCUGCCCAUGAACCAGCAACCCACCAGCUCCGAGAACGAGGCCGCCCUGAAUCAACUGCGGUUGAUUGAGUACGGGCUCAAUCCUCUGGACCCGGCUGUCGAGGGCCACAAGUACGGUCUGCCAGAGCUGCCGCUGCCGACUGAAAAGCAUACAAAACACCGAUACGACGCCGUCAUCCACCAGAUCACAAGGUUGUUGAUGAGAGAUGGGAAACUUGCAAAGGCGCAGAGGGACAUGGCCAUGAUUCUCAACUAUCUCCGCACCUCACCACCCCCAAGGCUCGACCCUUCAAAACCGCUCCUCCCCGGCGCUCCCCCAGCGCACCACCUCCCGCUUGACCCGGUCCUCUACCUCGGCCUCGCCAUCGACUCAGUCGCUCCGCUGGUCAAGAUGCGCGGCUUUAAGGGCCUGGCAGGCGGCGGCAAGUCGCUCGAGGUGCCCAUGCCGCUGCGGGCGCGCCAGCGGAGGAGGACCGCCUUCCUGUGGAUUCUAGACGUGGUCAACCGGAAGCCGUCUAAGGGCAGCGGCCGCACCAUGUUCCCCCACCGCGUCGCCGAGGAGAUUGUGGCCGUAGUCGAGGGCAGGUCGAGCGUUUGGGACCGGCGCUUGCAGGUUCACAAGCUGGGCACGGCCAACCGGGCCAACUUGAUGAAUGCGAACAUCAAGGGCAAGCUCUGAGGUGGAGGGCCUGGAGGAGGAAGGUUAUUUGGAGGAUGUGCAUGUCCGCGACAGAGUCCCUGUAGAGGUAGAAGAGGUGAUUCUGGGUUGGCGUCUCGAACUGUAUUUGUGUAUAUCAUUUGUAGGCACUAUCGGCCCUUCCCUGCCAGAUCCAAGGUAGUUUACUAGGACAGAUCUGUGUCAUUUUCAAGUCUUUUUCAGUGUUAUCUUCAACAUCCCAUAUCAAUCGAUGCCAAUCGAGGUAUGUAGAGACAGGGCUACACUGGGUCACAUCCAAGUCUUU